AUGAAAACGUUCAAAUUUAGUAAAGAAAAGCUAGCCAAAGAAAAAAUCGAAAAGGGCUUACAUUAUGAAGCUCAUCAGUUAGUAAAAUCCAUUAUAAAUAGAAAGUUACAAAAGAAUCAAAUAGGAAAUUGUAUAAGUAUAAUAUUUUAUUUUUCCUUAAAAUUUGCCAAUGCAGAACAGUAUGUUUUAUUGUGUGAUUUAAUGUAUCAAUGUUGUGUUAUAUUAACACAACAUGAUAUAGAAUUUAAUUUAGAAUAUGCAAAUAAAAUUAUCGAGAUUUUUCAAAAAUGCCCUCCAAAUUCAACAGAAGAAAAAUAUAAAUUUAUGAAUAAAUCCAUAUUAUGGUCAAAAACUGAAGAAAAUGUAUAUGGUUAUUUAGAAUUUCAUAAAGUAAUAGGUUAUGCUUAUUUUGAAGAUAAACAAUAUAGUUUAGCACAUAAUCAUUUUAUUUAUUUAGAUGAUAAUGAUAUAUUAUAUGAAACUAUAUGUUUAUGGAGAAAAGAAGCUUAUCCUAGUGAAUGUCAUUUUUUUGUAUUAAGAACUAUUUUGUGCUUAUUAGUACUUGAUAAAUUUGAUCAAGCCUUAAAUCUAAUUAAUAUGUUCGAAACAAAUUUAAAUAGACAAGAUGUACCCUUACCUAUUCAACUAGCAUAUCUAAUCACUUCAUCAUGUAUAUAUAAAAGUUUGGCAUUAUAUGAAGAUGUCAAAUAUAAAUAUAGACUUAUAUUAAAUUAUGACCCAGAUUUUCAAAAAUAUAUUAAUAUUAUUGAUGCAGCUGUUUUUAAUAAGAAAAAGCAUAACUUGUUCAGUAUGUUCCAAAACAUAUUUGCAUAA